AUGAACCCAUCGAAGUUGACCGUUUUCGCUACAAACUCAAAAUGCUCCCUUAACGUUCCAAAGACCAGAAAGACCUACUGCAAGGGUAAGGACUGCAAGAAGCACACCCAGCACAAGGUCACCCAGUACAAGGCCGGUAAGGCUUCCUUGUUCGCCCAGGGUAAGAGAAGAUACGACCGUAAGCAGUCCGGUUACGGUGGUCAGACCAAGCCCGUUUUCCACAAGAAGGCCAAGACCACCAAGAAGGUUGUCUUGAGAUUGGAGUGUGUUGUUUGCAAGACCAAGGCCCAGUUGGCUUUGAAGAGAUGUAAGCACUUCGAGUUGGGUGGUGACAAGAAGCAGAAGGGCCAGGCCUUGCAGUUCUAA